CGAGACCGUUCACGAGAUCGCUCCUUGGAACGAGGACUCUACUUGGAAGAAGAACUAUACGGCCGCCCACCAAGACAAACUAUGCCAGACCGGGGGUACCUCGGUGAUCUACAGGUACAGAACAAUGAUUUACAACGUGAGCUUGGUAAUCUGAAAAAGGAACUUGAGCUAACGAAUCAAAAACUAGGUAGCUCUAUGCACAGUAUUAAAACAUUCUGGUCUCCAGAAUUGAAAAAAGAGCGAGCUCUCCGCAAAGAAGAAAGCGCAAAAUAUAGUCUCAUCAAUGAUCAACUAAAAUUGCUUAAUAGUGAAAAUCAGAAACAAGCAAUGUUGGUGCGCCAGCUCGAGGAAGAAUUACGCUUAAGAAUGCGGGCGCCCAACAUUGAGAUGCAGCAGCAAAUGGAAGCUUUGUAUGCGGAAAACGAGCAUCUCCAGAGAGAAAUUUCGAUCCUACGUGAUACCAUCAAGGAGCUCGAACUAAGGAUAGAGACACAGAAACAAACUCUGCAAGCCCGAGAUGAGAGCAUCAAAAAGUUACUGGAGAUGCUUCAAAGCAAAGGAAUGGGCAAAGAGGAGGAGCGCCAAAUGUUUCAGCAAAUGCAAGCCUUGGCCCAAAAGCAGAUGUAUGAUUACGAGACCUGCUCCACAACACCAGAUAUAAUGAGAAACCUUUACCAGGGACAACCGUCAAAUUAUAACACUAACUACCCGUCGACUUCAAUGUGGGAUCGUUCAGGACGAUUACCAGCAAGACGAUAUAGUAUAAGCGGUUUACCAUCAAGCUCGUUAGUCGAUUACUGUAAUCUGUCCGAUAAUGCGGCGAAUCUUUACUCGCAAUCAAUAAAUCUUACGAAUUUAUUAAACGAAACGACAAAAUCAUUAUCUAGAUCAUCAAAUAUAUUAAAUAUGCGUUAUUCCCAGACGCCAACUUUGACUCAACAGCAAAUUGGCUCUGUAGACUCGAUAGUAAGCCAUCCAUCAUUCUAUCAAACAUCUCAAGCACAACCACCUCCACCGCCACCACCACCUCCACCAUCAGCACAAUCGCCGUACGAAAACAUGCUACCCAUGUCAUCAAAUUUUUGCUCGUACCCGAAUGUAAAUACUCAUAUGCCAAAUUAUAACACUCCCAAUAUGACCAACUACGUCGGCAACUAUCGACCGUCAUCCGAGUAUCUCCUGUCGAGACCAAUAUACAGCAACACGUGCUCGAAUUCAUCGAAUCUGUUAUCCCAGCCACAUAGCAUUCUAUCACAGACGAGGAAUCUCCUCUCACAACAUUACGCAUCGAAUCCAUUACUGUCGCGAUCAUUGACGAAUCUGCCAUCAUCAUCUUCAUCCUGUCAUUUUUUAAAUAGACGGCAGCUUCCUGUGGACUAUCCUCCAUUUGUUAACGAUUAUGGUAAUAAUUUUUCCUUCAAAACAAACCCAUACUAUCAGUCGCCAUUCUCCAAAUUAGACUUAGACUACAGUAGAACCAACGAUAUGAAGCGACAAGUAAGUUUUAAGUUCGAUGUAGAUACUAUGUCUAUCGAUACAUAAAAAAUGGAGAUAUGUAGCAUAUUCUCGCUCAAUGAUUUAAUUUCCAACAUUCUAUUUAUUUGUAUUUCGUAUAAAACUCGGGUUCAACCAUUUAGAGUUCUUCUAAUAUUAUUGUUGCUUCUCGAGUAAAUGCAGUUCUCUGUUCCCUACUAUCAUAAACAUCAAUUAUGUUUAGUUGUUUAGAAUGGAAUAUCUUAAAUGUAGAAAUUAUAUGUAUAUUUCUUAUCUAUCAACUACAGUACCCAUAAAAUCAUAUUUUUACAGAUGCAGGCAAAGAAGAUAAACUAAUUUCAAUUUUGUCUCACAAUUUUAUGUUGCUGCUCGAACAUUUGUGCUAUAGGAGCAUACUAG